AUGGCUGGCAUGUCCACUCAAGUUCAAUACACGCGCCUUGAUGUACUAUAUGCGCCUCGGAUAUCCUGCUUUGAUGUCUCGGCCACCGUCAAUGACCUUAACGUGACCUUGAGGUGCAACGUCACAUCCAAACCGCGACCCGACUCUUUUGAUUGGUUCAAGAAAUCAACCAAUGAGACGCUGAGUGACAAACAUGAGCUUGGAAAUGGCUUGUUAGAAAGUUGGUUAAUGCUUGAACACCUGGGCGUGGAAUCCUUCAUGACGUACGAACUGGUGGUCCGCAACGAGGUUGGCCACACGGCAGCCUCUGUCAAGCUCAUGCAAAAAUCCUCGGCCCCGGUGCAUUACAAUCAAGUUUACUCCGACUCCCUGCCGUACAACAUCCUAACGAACGACGACGACGUUGAUAAGCGCUUGAAGAGCAAUCUGAUUAAUUAUAAUUACUUCAAAGAUGAGACCAACGCCAACAACACAGACAAAACAAGCAAUAACGUGACGUUAGCAUUUCAUAAAAAAGCAAUAAAGGCUAAGAAAAGGAAUAAAACUAAAAACGGUUCGCAAGAGGGCAACUCGAGCAAGAUCGUACAAUACGACUUUGUGAGUUCGAACAACAACAGAACGAUCACCGAGAAUAAGAAGAGCAACCGCAACAUCGUUUCCAACAUGAAAGCAGCGCUUCAUCAACUGAAACACGAUUCGCAAGAUCGGCGACCGCAGCUACCGGCACCAAACAGACAGCGUCACUAUCAUAAAUACGCCUGGUCGUCAUCGCCCGACAUCCGCCGGCAUCAUGCCCGUAAUAAAUACUGCUUACACUCUCUCUUCAUGUUACUUCUUUUCAUUGUGGCGUACUUUUAUUGUAGGUUUUAA